AUGGCAGGGUCCUGCAAAGAACAAGCGUCGUCUACAGAAACACACGAAGAGGGCUACGCCAGCUACAGCAACAUUUGCGCGCUCUGUGCCAGACAGCCUACAAGAUCAGACACCCUCCGUGGCACAAGACCCAAGAUCGACUCAGAACCUCUGGAAAGCCGUGAAGAACCCAUGACCGGUCACCCAAGCGGCAGCGAGACUGGACUACCCCGAAAUCCUGAAGCUGUGUGGUUCAAGGAUUUAGCACCUUCGCCAGUUACCAGACGCGAGCCAUCGAGCACGAUCAGCGAUUUUGGCAGCCUCCGAUGCACAAAUAACCAUGACAAAGCCAGCCCUAUGGUGCUCUCGUCUAGCGCUUCAUCCACCAAUGAAGUAGAACCUGGCAUGGGCUCGACCGGGCUGAUCGCAGAUCUCACGGCCGACGCCAAGGGGUCGAACCUCAGUGUACACGAGGAGGCGAUAGAGAAUAUGCAACACAGUUCUCAACUUUUGAGAUUGGAGAAGGAGUUCGAAGUCUUUCGGGGAGAGUUCAAGGAGAUGCUACGCAGCCGAGAGGCCACUAGCCGCUCCCGUCUGGAUAUCAGUGCGAUGGAGGCCCUCCGCUACGAGAACUCACUCCUCAAGCAACAACUUCAGCACGACCGAACUGCGAACAAGGAUACUACACGCGCAAGAUCCUCCAAUUUUCUUGGGCCUGGUGCGCCCGAGAUUCGAGAGGAUGUUGCUGCCCUUGAUGAUGACAUCGCUGUCGCUUGUGCUGCUCCCUGGGACGCCGACGUCCCAUUUACCGCGAUGCUCGAACAAUUACACAGUCUUCCUGACUUGCAGCCACUGCUCAAAAGAGUGCUCGGCAUUAACGCGUUGGACAUGACUGGGUUUCGGGACUGGGCGUCGACAUACGGGGCAUCGAAGCUCCAGGUCAAGCGGUCUCUCGCGGCGGCAUUCCUUUCCACUUCAGUCUUCGAGGCAGCGUCUUUCAGUGCACUUCCAACGGCAGCAUCGCAGCUGGACGAGUACAGAGAAGAGAUCAUGGCAAGUUAUGGUGCGGAGGAACUUCGUUGGCUGGACCUAAGGGCUCAUAAGUCUUGGCUGUCCAGUAAAGGCUUUGAAGUCAACAUACUCAAGACGCUGGCUUCGCGACAUGCUUAUGAGCUUGUGAAGCUGCUUGUACAACUCCGAGAGCAUGAUCCUCACGACCUCGAGAAGUCUUUCCAGUCUAUCUUCGAAAAAGCCCUCCGUCUCAAAGGGCAGCUUGAAUUAUCCAACAAGCGAUACAAGCUCGUCUUCCCUCCACCAGGAAGCAGCUUCGAGCCGCAGGCAAUGAAGAGAGACGGCUCGGGCUACCAUGCCAAUAACAAUGGCGUGCAAGGAGAGCAGGGUGGCCAGGGGAUCAUGGACUACGGACAACACAAAGUCAAGCUCUGCCUGUUCCCUGCCAUUUUCUCCUACGACAGACCGGUGCCCCAUCGGCACCUGCACCCGAGGAUUGACGUGGACGAGUGUGUGCUCGAACGGACGAACUUCUUCAUAGACGACGCCGCGUUUGGUGGAGAGAUCGCCACUGUGGUUACCAAGGCGGUCGUCUUGGUUUAG